CGUACCACGUUGCUGAUGCGAAGAAAUAGAAUGCUGAAAGAACAAAGUGAGAAUUGACAAUCAGUGCCAUUUCAAGUCGUUAAACCCUCAUUAUAAAGCCCUAACCAACGGAACAUACAGCAAUGGCUUCUAAGGUACAUUCAGGGAGUGGAACCGCUAUUGAAACCCCCAUAACCGUGAUAGAUGACGAGAUUCGCGCCACUGACGCCGUAGAAACCGAGCGGGCGGUGGAAGCGGCGAAGGAGAAGGAGGUUGAGCAUCACCCCACGAUGAAGUAUCAACAUUAUCUGCCAACUCAGAUGAUAGAAUUGUCGAGUUAAAGGGAGAAGCUCUCAAGGUUCGGCAAGCUUUAGAAGCUGUUCAUAGACACCUGCACAUGUUUUCGGUUGAUCAUAGCAUUCCUCCUCUCUUUGAUUCGAACACGGUUGAGGUGGCAAUGCAGAUGGCAGCUGAGGAACCAGUCAUAUGGACCGGGUCGAGUCGGGCUAUUUCCGGACUGGGCCGUGCUUUUUACAGGCCAGACCGGGAUUUUUUCGGACCGGCGCUCAUGCCAACCUUUUACCCCAUGUACUUACCGCCCCCUCCUCAUCAUUGUCACAGACGCUGUCGCUGUCGACGGCGGCCAAUUUUGCCGCCACCAUCAGGUAUGGAAAGUAUCAAGGAACCAAAACGAACUAGAGCAUGGGUAUCACUAAAAAACAAAACCGGCAACAAAUAUGAUCAAUCCACCAACAUGUUUAAUUUGACGGACAAAGAAUGGGAGACUGAAAUCAAGAAAAAUAAAUGCAUAGAAGAAUUGAGAGAUUCCCCCCUACGGUUUCCGGAUCUUUGUGCACAACUUUUUGACGGUGGUGUUGACCAGGCUUUGACCGAACCGGGACUGAGCCUCCCUACAUUGUCGCCGUCCCACGUCACUACCAGCUUAUUAGGUGAAGCAUCCCUUGAACCUCAAGCGGCAGAUGCUCUCGUUCCACCAUCUACCCAAACACUACCGCCAUUACCCGCUACUGAAACACCAGCGGAACCACAAAAAGAACCAAUGGUUGAAGUACCACCAGAAAUGCCUCAAGUACAACCUGCAAGUGAAGCUGUGGCAAUAGCGACAAAAAGGAGGAUGUCGGUUUUUGAAGAAGAAAUAUUGGGUGUCUUGAAGAUGAUAGCUGAUAACAUUAACAACAAACCAGAACCACCUCCAAAACCGACAUUUGAAGAUUGUGAAAAGAAGUUGAAUGAGCUUGGGUGGCCCAAAGAUGAUCCGCUACACCUAAUUGCACUCACGAUUUUUUGUGACGAAGAGGAUAACUAUAGGGAAUUGUGGAUGAAAUUGAACCCGAAUUUGUGUGUUGAUUGGGUUAGAAUGAUUGGACGUAGUAAAAGAUUCACUUAG